GGGCUUCGUUCGGGCAGCAGGAAGGGUGCCCGGCUUUUCCCCGGAGCCAGGGUGAGAAACUGAUAGGAAGAGACAAGCUGAUGACUUUGAGAGGUUGCAGUGGAAGUGAGUUGUGUGGAUGACUUCUGAGGAGGAGGGCUUAAGUGUUUGUACCAUGGAAUUAGAAAAGAACGGCGAUGUUAAAAGCAAAAGGAGAUGCUUCAAUCAGACCUCCCAUCUUUUUUCUUAUUCUGAGGAAGUUGAGUGCACACUCAUCGGAGACACUGCAGCAGGAGCUAACCCCUCUGGUUUUGGCCAGACAUGUUCUGUCAAUGUUUCAGAAUUAAAGUUGUCAGAGGAAAGCUUACCUUAUUUAAGCUCAUCUUUAGAUGCAGAUAUUGAAACGUAUAAUAAAAAGAGAAUGAGAAUUUGCUGUGCACGGGUAGGUGAAAGCAAGAAAGAAGCCGAUAUGUUGGGAAGGGCAUGUGACAAUAUGCACUUCAGUUGUGGCAAGUGUGAUGAUUGCAGAAAAAAUGAUUUAGGUGAAGAUUCACAGCUGGAGUAUCUCAGUGCUCAAGAGCAAGACUUUGAUGACACGAAUAGCUCAGGUGAGUUUUCUGAGCAAAGGGAAACUAUAGGAAUCGAAACCUUAAAGCUGAUAGAUCCAGUUCAUGGAGUGCCAGGGAGUGGAGUCACACAGGAACAAAAUCUUGUUGAGGUGUCAGAAGAUUGUUCUCCUGCUCCCGAGUAUGGCGUAGGUGACCAGGCCUGCCCAGAAGCUGCUGUGCCAGAGCAUCCCCACCUGCUUCAGGACUCUCUGUCUCUGCCAGAUUGCAGUGGCAUGACUUGUGAUCAUCAGGAUGAGCAAACAGAGUAUGACAGUGUUGUUUGUGGAAGUAUACUUGAAAGUCAUUCUUGUGGGAGUAAAGAAAAGGUCUGUCCAAGUCUGCUUGUAUGUGACAGUUUAGAAAAUGGAGAGGUGAAAGGCAUACCACUGAUUGAUGGCACGCUGCCACUCCAAAUCACUACAAGUGAAGAAGUGUCUGAAAAAAAUGACAGACAUGCUCACAGCAUCUCAGCGAAGCAAGGUGAUCCUUUGCUGUCACUAGGGGAAAGGGCCCCUGCAGUAGCCAUACAAUUUUGCAGAUGUGCGGGGGACUCAAAUUUCUACAGUUGUGAAGAAUCCGGUGUGUGCGCACAUGGUGCCAGCUGCAUCAACUGCACUGCAGAGGAUGCUGAAGCCCAAUUUUCAGUCUCUGAAAUUCUCACUAGCAAGAAUCCCUUUUUGAAGGUGGAAGUUGCAGAUAAAUCCUCCCAUGGAAAUACCAGCUCUAUGAACUUGGAGUGCUGUGAAAACUUGAAAAAUCUUACCAGUGUCUCCACGGUUAACCAGGCUGUUGAUGCAAGUUCUGAUUUUAGAGCUUGCUUUACAACGAGCAGGAGUACCGGUGCUCAGGUUUGUCUCUCAUCCAGAGCUAUUAAUACAGAGAUAACAAUGAUGAACAAAUCUCGACCUGUGGAAUGGCAUCGUGAAACUUGGGCAGAUGUUGCUUGCAAUACAGACUGGUCAUGUGGAGCCAGUAGGACAGAGGAGGUUCGGUCGUCGCUUACCAGCACACUGGAUGACCACUCACAUGGCAAUACUGCAGCAGCUGAAAGAAGUUCACAAAUUCAGGAACAGUGGGAAUCAAAAAAUGAGCUGUGUAGCAGUGAUUUAAAGACAAACACUGACAGGCUGGUACACCUUGACAAACAAGAUGUGAAGAAUUCUGCACCAAGCUACUGUCAAAAAAUACUGCAGAGAGCGAUUGAAGCAGAAUUGCAGAUUCUAGACACUCAUUAUCACAUGUGCUAUCAGCACUGCUUGAAGAUUUACAGACUGGCUUUGGAGGAAAACAUAUGUUUUAGCAGAUGUAAUGGAAAUACUGAAUUGGGUUCGUCUCUCAUGUUGGUUUUGGAAGAGCUAAAAAAGAAUUACAAUGGUAUGAAAAUGAAAAUAAAAACGGGCAUACCCUUAAGUGCACUUCCACCGCUAUCAGUUGAGGUGAAGUUGUUCCCAAUCUCUUCGUGUUAUGUGCCCUGCAAGUUGUUCAGAGAUGAUCUUUACUAUAAGUCUGUGUCAGGCACAAGAAAAUCUAACUUUGUAGCAGCAAAACUGCAAGAAAAGAAAAUUUCUGUCAGCAUGGACAAUCCACAGACUGUAUGUUUAACUGAUGGCAGCCAGCCCAGUGACUCUAAUUCCUCCAAGACGUUUGAAGUGCAGCAUAAAGAUCGGCACGUGGAACGUGGCUGUGCGAAAAAUGAAGAAGGGAAUGAAUAUUGGUUUGAUGCUAAAGAGGACUUUACAGUAGCAGAUAUUUCAGUAAUAGCUGAAGAAACAAAAAAGCAACAAGAAAAACAAGACGUGGUUGAUUUAAGAGCAGUGAAGGUAAUGGAGAGUGGGAAUGAGUAUUCUUUUAUUCGUGUUGGUGGCCUAAGUUCCUCAGUGUCAGAGGGUGAUUUAAGAUCACAUUUCCAGAAGUAUCAGAUUUCUGACACUCUUAUCUGUGUGGAUUCUGGUAACUACAGGUAUGCAUUUCUCUGCUUUAAAAGCAUCAAUAAAGCAAAGUUAGCUGUGGAGGAGAUGAACCAGAAAAAAAUAAAAGGAAAACCAAUAAGUGUUGAACUUCUAAAUAAUCCAUCAGAGAACACAUCUUUAGUUUCCCAAAUACUUACAAAUAAGCUUUGGCAUGAAAUCCAACCUGUUGAUAACAGUCAAAGAAACGAUCAAGAUAAACCACCCACUUCAGCCUCCAAUUCUGUGAAAGCACCUGAUGCCACCGCUGCUGCUGGGAAAACACAUCUCCUUCCUGUAACUUCUUCAAAAGUUUCUUGCUCUACACAAGUACCUUCAGAAACAAAGUGCCCUGGUCUGAAAUCAUCUACUGAAGAUUCUGUACAUUUCUUGCUUCAGGUUAAUCAAAAGGAUACUGGAGAAAAUUUCCUGCAGAAAACAUGUGCACCUUUCUCCACUAAUUCAUAUGAUGCCUUUAUUUCUCCUAAUACGUUGAACUUGAACAGUUUUACCAAAUUAAUGAAGAAACUUCAAGAAAUUCAUCCAGAGGCUAGCAGAGACAAAAUUGUGGAUGCUCUGCUGGAGGUGAGGAGAAACAACAAAGGUUUCCUAAGUGGCUUGUCCAUCAAUUCUAUUGUGGAAAGGACUUCUUUCAUUCUAAGGAAAUCGACCCCCAGUUGUGGGUGGGAAAAGCAACGUAAAUAAACGGCUUUCUGAUAAUGAAGAAUCAAUCAUCUCCCUCUGGAAGAUUUUUGCAAAUUCUAUACUCCAGCUUGUCCUGGGAUCAUACUGUAUUUCUUGUUUGACUUAUUUCAGCAGUUCUUAAUGAAAACUCAGGUAACAUCACUGUGUCACACGCAGUCGUAUCCAAGAGAAUAUAACCUGAAGGUCAGUUUGAGGUGUUCUGUUUCUACAGAUACUAAAUGAUUCUUCACAGUUUUGUUGUUCCCUGUAGUUGGUUCGAGCGUUUCAGCAGGUUUCUCUAAGGUAGAAAGAUCACACUUCAGCAAAGCAAGAUUUCUCUAAUACCGGCAGGGCUUUUCUAGGCUGCACUACACAGCCCCCAGUUCUUGCGUGCCCCUUAAUUUUAGGCAUGGUGGUGGCUGCUAAGACGUUAAUAAAUAGCCAACACGCUUGCGCUUUCCAGAUAAUCUGAGUCUGAAUAGUCUGUAGAAAUUCCAUGUAUCCUUUGAAUCCCAGGGAGGCGCGGGGGAGGCAGCGAGGGCUUCAUUUUAGAAAGCCAGGCUGAGAGCUGGCAGCGCCGGUGGACACAGUUACACAAUCCUGUGCUGCAGCAGAGUCCUCUCGUGUCCAUUUUGACUCAGAAGCGUGUUGCAGGCUGCAGAGCGGUGAGAUGGCCACCACGGUUCCUUCAGGAUGAAGCCUGGAUUUUUUUUUUUUUUUUUUUUUUCCCCAGAACAUGGUAUUUUCUUGUCUCAUAUUCCACUUCUGUUGCUGCAAGCAGAGGAUGGGCUUCUAAAUCCAUUUUUUUUGUAUCUCGUGGCCCGGUAUAGUGGGCAGCACGCACUCCCUGGGAUUUUUAUUUUGGGUUGAUAGAGGGGGGAGGAGGAAGUCUGGGAGUAUCCAGUCUUUCAUGUUUGCAGGUGUCAUGACUGUACAGAAGAGGUCUAGAUUUUAAAUCCUCUUCUGGCAAAUGAAGGAAAGGCAGCUUAGGUGUACGUGUGUGGCCAGGGGGUGAGGAGAAUUAUCCUUGAUUGACACGGACAGGGUCACGCUGUGAUAUUGCACAAGACAGUACCUUGCUGUUGUCCCUCUCUGUCUCUUUGUUGUACUUUGUUCCAGAUCCCAGCUGCAUUUGCUGCUGAGAAUAGCAGCCUUACUGUGAAUGUGAAUAAAGGUUCAGUUCCUUCUUCAGAAA